ACACUCUUUCGGGUAUCGUAAUCAUGUUUGGUUGUGGCUUGUCUGGCGACGGGCUCCGGGAUAAGAAAAUUGCGGAUGCAGUCUCUUUUGGUGAACUCGCCAGAAAAGGUUGAUUCUUCUCCAACCGUUUCGACCCGGAAACGAUAUUUUAGUGAACAAAUAUGUGAAAUGAAAAUGUGAAUCGAUCGAAUACACGUCGAAGAUAAAAGUGUAGAAAAAUUAGAAAAACGAAAAGUGCGAUAUUGAUGGAGAUUUUUCUGAACGUUUGAAUAUCCUCUUUCGAGUGCUUUUUUUUUUUAUCCCCUGGACUUUGCUGGAUCAUUACUAUGGAGAAACAAGUUCUUUACGCUCUCAUAUCGCAUUGGGAACCAUCAAAUUGGCGUAUAAUUGCCGAUUCUACGAGCGAGGAUUCUUCUAUUUAUAGGGAUAUAAUUAUUGAAGUAAUGAAAAGCACAUUCAACACCGAGGAAGAGUGUAUCAGCAUCCAACGUGGCAACUACACCGUUCAUCUGCUGAUUGGUGAGCUCCGUUAUGCUGCUUUGACCCUCACUCCCGAUGGCCCGAUUGCUGCGUCGCGACAAGCCUCAUCCUCGCAAAUAUUUCUCAAUCGUUUGAGAUGCGUUUACAGAGAAUUGCCUAUUCUCGUUGAUUUUCCAUGUGACAUUGGCGACUUUCCAGCAAUUGAUAUCUCGCUACCUUUGAAGAAAAUUUUGGAUGAAUUCAAUUGCCCGGAGCAAGUUGUUGUGACACAAAUGAAAGGAAACCUCACGGAGAUUCGACGAGUGCUCAUGGAAAACGUGCAAAAACUUAUCGAUCGAGGUCAAAAGCUUGACGAACUUGUUCGAAAAACUCAGACCUUGGAGAUAACGACGCGAAGGGAUUUUCAACGAUCUCACAAAAUUUCACGAAAGAAAAAUAUCGUUGUUGUCAUCGUCGUAGUCAUCAUGGCGGGCCUUGCAACGAUUAUCUCCACCGUGGCAAUCACUUUUUUUUAUUAGUCGAUCAUAGUAUACUCGCACAGCAAUGAGAAAUGAUAAAUAAUAAAUAGAAAUACGUAAAUUUAUUUGUAUUUGAAAAAGUGUUGAAAAAAGCUGAUUGAAUCGAUGACUUGAAAGUUAUUGAGAAUUC